CCCAGGCUCCUGCUCGGAGCAGGCCUCCGCUGUGUUGUUAUGCCUCACGGAUUAAACAUUUCAUCUCCUGCGGCAACAAUGAGUUCAGUUCAGGCUUUGAGACAGUUUAUCGGCGAGCGGCUGACGACUGCCGCUGUGGAAAUAUUCACCGUGUUCGAGCGAACUAUCGUUCAGUACGAGGAGAAGGUUGCUGAUCAACGACGGCUGUUGGAAAACGGCUAUAAACCUCAGAUGAAGCAACAAAUAACAGAGAGUCCAAAGCAACUCAUGUGUAACCAGAAGAUGAUGUCCUCUCGUCUGGAGCAGGAGGAACAUGGACCUCCACACACUAAAGAGGAGGAGGUGACUGUCGCUGAUGGUGAAAUGGACUAUUCUCACGACUCUGUGAGAGACUUAACCACGCGGCAACUAACUGCUGCUGCUGUGGAAAUAUUCGCCGUGUUUGAAGAAACGAUCGUCCAAUACAAGGAGGAGAUUGAUCGUCAGUGCAGACUGCUGGAAAUGAUCUGGGAACCGCAAAUCACGUUACAUAGAACAGAGCACCAUGACAGAAGGGAGGAGCAACUCCGUCUACAGAAGGGAGAACCGGAACCACCGGAGAUCAAAGAGGAAGAAGAAGAACCAGGACUUCUACAGAUUAAAGAAGAACAGAAGGAACCAGAAACUGCACAGAUCAAGGAGGAACAAGAAGAACCAGGGCUUAUCCAGAUUAAAGAGGAGCAGCAGGAACCAGAGCCACCGCAGAAUGAGGAGCACGAGGACCUCGGCACCAGCCAGGAGGGAGAGCUAUUAUUACUAAAGUUUGGAAGUGAUGCCUUCAGGGCAUCUUCUUUUGAAGGGCAAAGUUACCUUAGUACACCAGAGGAUGAUGUGGACACUGAGCAGUUCCUCUUUCAUGACUCUGAAAUCCAGAAUAUGAAAAACUGUAUUGAUUCAGAAUCAACUACAAAUGAAGAGCUGAAAACAAUUAGCAGAUUUCAAAGUUUCCAUGUGGAAAACCUUCCUGUGUCAGAGGAGGAGGCUGAAUGUGAAAGCCCUCGUUGUGGGGAAGCGUAUGGCAAAAUUGUCUGGAAAAAAACUAAAUUAUGUCAGAACUUAGGAACUACCACUGAUAAGAAGAAAAUAUGUGAGUUUUGUGGCAAACGUUUUCAGCGUCGCACCAAUUUGUUAUGCCACAUGAGAAUUCACACAGGUGAGAUGCCGUAUUCUUGUGAAACGUGCUUUAAAAGUUUCCGUCGACAGGAUAAUUUGCUGCGCCACAUGAGAACUCACACGGGCGAGAAGCCGUAUUCUUGUGAAACAUGUGGGAAACACUUCAGUCAGCAGGGUCAUUUGUUGGUCCACAUGAGAACACACACAGGCGAGAAACCAUAUUCUUGUCAGACAUGUGGAAACAGUUUCACUUUGAAAAACAGUUUGUUGUGCCACAUGAGAACUCACACAGGCGAGAAGCCACAUUCAUGUCAGACAUGCGGUAAAUGUUUCAGUCAGCACAGUACGCUGCUGAGCCACAUGAGAACUCACACAGGGGAGAAGCAGCAUUCUUGUGAAACAUGUGGGAAAACGUUCCGCGUACGCAGUGCUUUGUUGGGCCACAUGAGAACUCACACAGGCGAGAAGCCACAUUCCUGUGAAACAUGUGGGAAAUGUUUCAGUCAACGGAGUCAGUUGUUGGUCCAUAAUAGAACUCACACAAGUGAGAAGCUGUAUUCUUGUCAAACAUGCGGGAAAAGUUUCAGUUUACGCAGCACCUUGGUGCGCCACAUGAGAACUCACACGGGCGAGAAGCCAUGUUCUUGUGAAACAUGCGGGAGGAGUUACUCCGACCACGGUAUUUUGUUACGCCACAUGAGAACUCACACAGGCGAGAAGCCAUAUUCCUGUGAAACAUGUGGGAGAAGAUUCAGUCAACAGUCUCAUUUGUCAGUCCACAUGAGAACUCACACAGGCGAGAAACCAUUUUCAUGUGAAACGUGUGAGAAAAGCUUCGGGCAGCACAGUAGCUUGAUGAGUCACAUGAGAACUCACACAGGCGAGAAGCCGCACGCUUGUCAAACAUGCGGGAGACGCUUCAGUCGGCAGAGCCACUUGUUGCAUCACAUGAAAACUCACACAGGUGAGAAGCUGCACUACUGCGAAACAUGUGGGAAAAGUUUCAGUCUGCAAUGCACUUUGUUGCGCCACAUGAGAACUCACACGGCUGAGAAAACAUGUUCUUGUGAAACAUGCGGGAAAACCUUUAAUCAACAGUGUCAUUUGUUGGGCCACGUGAGAACUCACACAGGUGAGAAGCAGCAUUCAUGUGAAACGUGUGGAAAAGGUUUCCUUGUACACAAUGCUUUGCUGCGCCACAUGAGAACUCACACGGGCGAGAAGCCGUAUUCUUGUGAAACAUGUGGGAAAUGUUUCAGUCAACGGAGUCACUUGUUGCGGCACACGAAAAUUCACAAAGAAAUGAAGUCGUGAAAAAUGAAGUCAUGAAAUCAACCCAGGUGGAGUCCAUCUCUCCUAAAGUGUUCUCAUAUUUAUUUAUGUAUUCAUUGUUAAAUGCACUUUGUAACUAAUAAAUUAACAAACUAAUCUUUGUUUCUGCUCAAAUAGAACCUUUUCACCUUUCUUCUACAUCAACCCAGAUGGUGGAUAACUACAAAGAAAAAAGGAACAAACACUUGCUUACUUAAAAUAAAAAAAAAAUCCCAAAGCGACAUGAUAAAAGUUUGAGGGACAAAAAAGUCAAUUUUGAUAUGGUGGUGUACACACAUGUCCAAAUUGAUUUCUGCAGCACUUCUAGUCAUCAGAGCAUUCAGUCAUAAGAGCAUGGACAUUACACGAGGGGGUUUGUCCUG